AUGGAGGCGCGUUGCUGCUCGCGCCAGAAGGAGCCAGAGGUGGUCGGCUGCAUGACCGACAAAAGCGUGGCCUCCGACUCUGAGGCUUCCGACACCGACAAGUGGUUGGAGACUGUGAUACUGAAGGUUCACUCCAAAACCCAAGAACAAGAUCGCAAUUUCGAACAUCUCACGACGCAGUUAACGCAGAUGUACGGCAGCCAUGAGAGUCUCUAUCAGAUACAGCUGGAGAUGGCGAAGCGAGUGCAGCAGCCCGGUGAACGUCUGCGGGACUUUGCUGACAGUCUGCGUGAGAUUGGAGUCGCUCACCCAGACAUCCCGGAAGACUGGUAUGUCGAAGCGUUCAUCCGGGGCAUCAACAACACGGACUGGGCGAUGGUAGUGCGCAUCCAGAAACCAACGGCACUGAGUGAUGCUGCCCAGUUUGCUGUAGAGAACUUUGGAGACUACGGCGAAGGAUAUCAAGUGAAACAGUGGCAGAAAGCAGCAGCUCUUUACCGCGGAAGACAACAUUGUAAUGGUUUGGCAGCUGGUGAGGCGAGAACGGAAUUUCCUGGUCGCAAUCCAGUGAAAAUGCAGCAUCAAGACGACGCUCGACCGCCCCGCUACGACACCAGAGGAAGACGUCUUGCAGAUCAGCGCAACGAAGCAUUAUCGCCAGCCGCACGACACGCGAUUGCGGUGGCGGUACGAGUUGGUGAAGCAGCAGUGCUGACGACAUCACGCAGCGCUAUUCGCAACUCGAACGAAGCCGAUCGCAUCGAAGGUGCACGACGUAGCGGUGACGCUGGUGAAGUGAUCCAGGUACAUGCGUUUACAGUGGACAACGAGGACCAAGAUGCGGACAAGAAGCACUCGUUCGACAAGCAGUACAAGGACGGCAAGAACAGCAAGUACAUCAUGGACGCCAUGGGGAUGAUCGCCGGUGAUUCAAGGACGGAUGACAUGGUUGCGAGCUACAACGAGACGGAUACGGCGAUGCGAGAGCGCCAGCUUGCACACUUGCAGAUCGGCGCUGUGAAGCUCAAGCACGGAGUCGACACAGUGAAGUACAAGGGCGAACAUAUACGACUUAGCGGCGGCAGCAGUGCUGUGGUGACGAAGACGCAAGUUGAGCCCUCGGCGGCCAGCAGUGUGUUCGUGUUGACGACUCAGAUCUAUACGACCGAGGCAAGUACUGUGCUGAAUAAGCCUGUCGCUCACUCUGCCUUGGAAUAG